AUGGCGGGCAAUGCAAGUAGCGACGACUUGGAUGAAAGAAUAAGGAGGUGUAUAAGGGAAGAACUUACAAAUAAUAAUGCUGGUGUUGAUAGAAACUCGAACCAGACACUAGUAGUCUUCAGCAACAUUUGCGUCCAGACAGCUCGGUGGAGUCACUGGAGGACUACCCAGUAGAAGUUCACAGCAACAGAAUAGUUCAACGUCGGCGGUUUCUGUUCGUGCUGGAAGAACCGACCGUAACGUCCCAUCACAUCCUUUGCGUUUUCCUAAAAGAAAGCAAAAUGCCCCCGCCAAGAGUAGCAACAAAAAGAAUAAACAGACUAUUCCAAAAACUGUAUAUCUGUUAGACAAUAUAAGUGGCGGGGAUGACGAGGAUGCGGAGGUGGAUGAUUACGAAUAUGCCAUUAAAGAUGAAAUGAUUUUGUUGAAAGGAGAGUUUGAUUUGGAAUGUGAUGGUGAUGAGGCAAGUAUUCAGUCAGAAUUGAAAAAGGUGUUCUCAAAAAAAUUUCCAUUAAUAUGUGAUGAUAAUUUUGAUUUUGUCAAAAGAGACCGUAACACUGUUUGCACACCUGUUGUAAAAGAAGGGCACAAAUGGGACUAUGCUCAUGUGAAGCACUUGUGUGGGGCUGGCAAGCUGUAUGUUCGACUAAACACCAACAAAGACAUUAUAAUGGAGGAAGAUGUUGGAAUAGACUUUGAACAAUCACCAUUGAUUGACUUAAGUCAUCCCAGCACAUCAUCUGGUGAACAAUCUAUUGAUACCAAAAUUGAACAAUCACCGUUGAUUGACUUAAGUCAACCCAGCACAUCAUCUGGUGAACAAUCUAUUGAUACCAAAAUUGCUUCCCUUGCUGCACUAUUUUCCAAUGCAAAGCAAAGUGAUAUAACUCAUGCAGUAAUGAUCUAUGAUAGUCUAGACUCGGCAGCUGGCUAUCUUAGUGAAAUUUCUAAUCUUGAACCAGAAAAACUGACAAAUGAAGACAGUGGUGUCUCAAAUGCCAACUUGACAGUUGCUGAAAUUCUGAAGAAACUUAAAAAUAAAAUGAAUUCCUACUGCACAGCUGAAAAAAUCAAGGUAGAUAGAGAUGAUGUGGUUAUGGAUGUAUUUCAACAUUACAAGGAUUCUAAUUUUGAUCCCCAUGUUCCAGUAAAAUUCCAAAUUAGAGGAGACCCGCAGUUGAUGCUGGGGGUGUCUUACGCCAAGUAUAUGAGGAUGUCUUCCUGAGAAUCUUGAAAGGUGAUGGUGGUUUUCAACUAUUUCAAGGCCCUCUAGACAGAGUUAUACCAACAUAUAGAAGUUCAACUAUCCUUUCAGGAACUUUUGAAUUGUUUGGUAAGAUAAUUGCACACAGUUUAGUGCAAGAUGGUCCUGGCUUUCCAUAUUUUUGCCCAACGCUGUAUUGGUAUAUUGCUACUGGUGAUUUGCAACAAGGAGUUGCAAGAGUAUCAUGCAUUGAUAUACUUGACCCAGUUCUUUCAGAGUAUGUUAGGAAGGUAAGCAUAAGUUUGAUUAUAUACAAAAAUUUAUAAAGCUACAGAUAAUAUUCCAUUGUUAUUAAAAUCGGGAAAAUUUACUUGGUGUUUUCAUUGGGAUCUAAAAUAAGUGAAAUUUGCAGUGUCCUGAUAUCCAUGGUAUACUAAAAGUUGGUUUUAUAUACCAAACUGUCAAUGACUUGUAUACUGAUUGGAUACUAAAAAAGUUUGAAACAUUAGGAAAAUGUUAAGCACCUCUGAUCAGUCUAGCAGUCUCCUGAUAGUUUUUGAAUACGAGUUUAACAACAGCAUUUCCUCAUGAGGACUAGCAUAUAGAAGUUUGUUGAAGGAUUAUGUGCAUUCUGGUGCAUUAAUUAUUUUAAUGAAUUGUCUAGUUGCUGACUGCCAAGUCUCCUGUUAUAAUUGUAAUGUGUAGGAUAAAGAAAGUUAUUGCAUCCAGAAGUGGGAUACCUGAUUCUCAGGGGGUGCUAAAACUGUGAAUCAUGGUAUCCCAUUUGGAUACGGUGAAAAAAACAUUUAAUUUUAAGACCCUGUUGAUUUAGAUUUGUGGUCAAACAUGUAAGGACAGCUAAAGGGCACACUUGCGAUCUGUGUCCUUAUUAAUGUUCAGAUCAAAAUAAAAUUGUGUACUUUAUAACAAUAGACAUUUCCACAAAGUAAGUAGAAUAAAAUGUGUCACUAUUUGAUUGGCUUUGUCAUGAAGUUCAGACAUGUUUGCUGUCAUUUGAUUGGAUAAACAAUACGCUUGUAUAACAAAUAGCUAAUGGAAGGUAAAUAUGCAUGAAUGCUACAUGACAUCAUGUUAAAAUGCUUAUGUAAUAAAUGUGUGUGCUGAUGAUGUUCAAAUACAGCAAGGGAAGUGUAACUGUUUUUCAUUUUGUAGUGGUUGAGUAUGUUUGAUGCAGUAAAUUAGGAUAAUAAAGGUUUGUUCAAUUUGUUGGUCUGAAAAAAAUUUGAAUCAUUUGUUUUUGUUCAAUUGCUAGAUAAGAGAUGCUACACCAAGCACAAUUAACAGCAUUAUGCGUGAAGAUGAUUUCUUACAGAUAAUGAAAAAUGCUGGUGAAACUAGAUUGCUUCAGGUAAAUUUAUUUUUUCAACCUUCCUGGUCUUAACCCCUGUAAAUUCACAAUCAAUUUUUUUGCUCAGCUUAAUGUGUUCAUUGUAUUGGAGUUGGUUUCAAAUCCUGUUUAUAAGUCAAUAUAUAGGGACCAUUAUUAACAUCAAAGUGCAACACGCUCCCCUUGACGAGUAAAAUCAUGUGUUGUUAGACACUUAGACAGAGUGAAAGAAUUAAGUAGGGCAUAUAUGGGUGCGUUGCUGCAGCUUAAUGGUUACAUUUAAUUUGUAUAUUUGUUUAUCUUGGCUGACAGGAGAACAACAAAUUGGAGAUUGUGCAGUCCCUCCUUGUACAUGAAGUGAUCUUGAAGCAUAAAACAGCCCUUGAUCAAAUGAGAAAGGGUUUGUCCAUCUUAGGAUUGUUGGCAGAAAUUGAGAAGUCACCAGAGAAGUUCCAAUCUUUAUUUGUUCAUGAAGAUGAUGAUAUAAAUGCAGAGUUCCUUAUAUCGCUUCUCAGGUUGCCAGAUGCAAGUACAUGUACCCCCUCUGUACGAAAUGUCGUCCAAAUGCUUAUGUCAUUUAUUAAUAAUGCAAAUAAAGAGGUGCUGUGCCAGUUCUUAUGCUUUGUUACAGGUUGUAAGUCAAACACAGCAGCUCUUACACCAGGCUGUGUUGAUGUGAGUGUAGCAGAUGUAUCUGACAUUUUUGCAUCCACAUGUUUACUGGAAUUAAGACUGCCAUCAUCUUUUAGUAACCCUGAACAGUUUGAUGCUUGUAUCAAUGCUGUGAUUGAUACCAAAACCUUUAUCAGUACCUUUACAACUGUGUAA